AUGGGUCCAGAGGCCGGGGCUGCCUGUGGCCCAUGCACCCAGAGUGGUCACCCAUGCCGUGCGCCGGGUGGAGGAUCACAAUGGGAAGGCCGGAGGGAGACGCUGAGUGGGCAGGGCCUGCAGGACAAGGGGCAGGGUCUGUCACCCUCUGGGGGGCAGGCCUUUCGCAGGAAGCUCACGGUCAAGUGUGGCAUAUGGGUCCUAAGCAGGACCCCAUCUGAGGGCUCACCUACAGAGCUGAGGUUUCUGUACAAGGGGUUGUGGUUUCCAAGCGGCAGGGAUUUAAGCGGCAGCUGUACCCAAGCUGGGACAUGGCUCUGUGACACGGCCAUCACAUCACACAGCCACCUGCAGCUCCCAGAGAACACGGGGAAACUACUCUCUCCGAGUGUUCAGGACAAAAGGGACUUGAGGAAAACAGGCUACAAUUCUUGGUUCAUGAGAACUUGCAGGCAGAGGCAAGAGGUGGGUCAGGCUCCCGUGCACCCUGAGAACUGGGGCUGCCCUUCUCCAGGGCCGCUCCAAGCCUGCACACCCCAGAAGAUUAGAGCCUGCAGCCAGGGACCUCCGGCCCAUCAGGCUGAGUCAGGGCUGGUACCUGAGGCCAGUGACUCACAGGGGCACAUCCACCAGGACCCCCGGAACCCCAGCGAGUCUCCCCGGGAGCUCUGUAAGGCCACGCAGCACCUGGAGGUCCAAAAAGAGGUGGCGGUCGGCCCUGGGCUGGAGAGAUGA